AUGAACUACGGAGGAAAGAAGCAAGAGUAUAAGUUAGGAAUAUUGCUCAGAAAAUAUUACGGUAACCAUAUAGGGACUUUCAACGAAAAAGAAUUGGUAGCUAAAAGUACCAACUCAGUUCGUACUAUCGAGUCGCUCAGGCUUGUUUUAACUGGCCUCUUUGCUCCAAAUCUAGUACCGGAUAGAGUUGCUAGUAUUGAAAAAAAUAUGAUUCUUGCACCAUACUUAACUAAGAAAUUUAAGGACUUUCACAAAAACGUACUAAAAAACUCAAAAGAAUUUCAAAAGAAGUUAUCAAAUUACACAACGUUUAUAAAAUUUCUAGAGGAAAAAACUGGACAACCGUACUUUCCUGAUGCUGUGCUUAAAUUACUUUAUAAAAAAGUGACUUUAAAACUUGGUUUUCAAUUAUUUCUUCAGAAAUCAUUAAAUAUACCACUUCCAAGCUGGUGCACCGAUGAAGUAUACGAAGAGUCUCAAGCUAUGAAAAGCCUAUUCUUAAAAAGUCUUUCUUUAAAUAUGCAGCUAAAAAAAUUGAAUGGAGGUGGACUUAUUCGAACAGUUAUUGAAAAUAUGGAACAAAAUACGAGGAGGAGAAAAAAAAUUUACUUGUACGGCGGACACGAUAUUAGUUUGAUUUCUUUCUCGGCAUCUGAGAACAUUAUUGGCGCGUUUGAAGAACCACCAUUAGGUAGUGCUUACAUCGUGGAAAGUUACAAAGAUAUGAAACAGAAAUAUUAUAUGAGAGUGUUAAGUUCGAACGGAUCGAGUGACGAAUUAGUAGAACUGAUAAUAAAAAAUUGUGAAAGGUAUUGUCUGGUUGAUAAGUAUAAAAUGUUGGUAAAGAAUAUAAUUCCUACGGAUGAAGAUUUAAAGUUUUUUAAUCCUGGUACUACUGGCUCAUAG